AUGGCUGAAAAUAUCGAUCUGGCACUGGUUCACAAGAAAGACCCUCCGACUUUUCCCCUCACCCCCGCUUGCUUCCGGAUCCCUCCAAUGGCGCGCGUUCAUGCCAAGAACCCUAAAGUGCACCAGUGCACGCAUCCGGGAUGCAAGAAGAAGUUCACAAGGGCGAACGACGUCCAACGGCACGAAAAAACGCACCUCGAAGGUAAUCAUUUGGAAAUCGAAAAAUACCCAUGUCUGAUUACUGAGGUGGCUUGCCCCUUCAGCAGCCUGCAGCUGAGUAACCUAAAGGCCCACAUCCAUGCGAAGCAUGCCGAAGUCGAGCACUUGAUGUGCUUCGACUGUAGGCCGACAUACCGGCGCUUCGUGGAUGCCGCCGAACUCGCUGAGCACCGUCAAGUCGAACACCCGCUUACCAAGAUACGGAGCCAUCGCCGCCAAUACAAGCCAUCCAAACCACGCCGUAAGGUCACUAAGGACAUCGUAUCUCCUCCGCUGGUGCCACUCAGUCCUCCUGACGAUGUACCGCCUCGCUCGCCACCCACCGACAGAUUUCUGCUCCCUCCGACUGCCCCUCCACCACGAACAUCGACGCUACCGAUAUCAAUCACAAUACCACCUUCAGCAUUCCACGAAGACGAAUCACAACCCCCAUGUGAUCCUUCUCCCCCCCUCCCGCAAUGGUAUCGUGCCCCAAAACAACUUCAACAUCAUCCAAAGCUUUCCUCUCUGCAGAAGGAGGCGCGCGACACCAGCGGCAUCAAACACACUCAACAACUCCCUUCACCGACGCUGAGCUCAUCUACCACUGGUGAAAGCUCUGCCACAAACAGCCGGUUUCCUUUGCCCCCGCCCCUACCUUUCUGA